AUGGAUGUUGCAGGAAAUUCAAAACUUUGUUUAUUAGAUCCCGAAAAUGGCAACAUAGAAAUGAAUUUUUCUGCACAUAACCACCACAUAAAAUGUUUUCAUAAUGAUAUUGAUAAAAUAGUAAUUGCAACUGAUGAAGUGAUAUAUUUAAGUGGUAUAAAAAUUCCAUAUCUAAUUGAUGAGUUAUCAAGUGAUUUAAAUGAAGAAGGAUCAUUACUAUCAAUGCCACCAUCACCAGUUGAUUCAUCAUCAUCAGAGACCUCAAACUGUACAUGGGAGUAG